CUGUCAUGAGAGAAUAUAAACCACUGGUUACACAUCAUGUAAGAGGACUGGUGGCCACAAUCGGGGAUGCACCAUUUUUCCUCCCACUGUUGAGGUUGAACAAUGGCCAUUUCUCUCUGUUAAGUAUUCAAAUGUGAAACUGUAAAAUGUUGUGAUGGAUAAUGUUUCAGUAAUAACUAUGUUCACUCUUUCAGGUUUAAGUGAGACAACACACUACAGAGGUUUUCUCUUUGCUCUGACGUUGUUGUGUUACUCUGUGAUAUGGCUGGUAAAUUUGACCAUUAUUGUGACAGUCAUUGCGGACAAAAAGCUCCACGAGCCCAUGUACAUCUUCCUCUGCAACCUGUGCAUCAAUGGACUCUACGGAACAGCAGGCUUUUACCCCAAAUUCCUCAUGGAUCUACUGUCUCCCACACACGUCAUCUCUUAUGCUGGAUGCCUUCUGCAGGGUUUUGUGUUGCACUCUUCGGCUUGUGCUGAUUUCUCUCUUCUGGUGCUCAUGGCCUACGACAGAUAUGUUGCUAUAUGUCGCCCUCUGGUGUACCAUUCUGGGAUGACUAGACAGAGAAUGUGUGUUUUUGUGUUUUUUGCUUGGCUUAUUCCCUUUCUACUGAUACUCAUAAGCACAGUGACAACUGCAACAUCGAGGUUAUGCGGCUCACACAUACCAAAGAUCUUCUGUGUUAAUUGGUUGAUUUCUAGAAUGGCUUGUUCUGCCUCCGUGGGAACAAUUGUAAUCCCAGCUUUUAAUUAUACUUUUUAUUUUGGCCAUUGUGUGUUUGUUUGUUGGUCUUAUAUAUACAUGAUCAGCACAUGCCGGAAAUCCAAAGAGAAUAUGAGUAAAUUCAUGCAGACAUGUGUACCACAUUUGUUCUCUUUAAUCAUAGUGGUCGCUUCUUUGCUGUUUGAUUUGUUGUACAUGCGAUUUGGUUCAAAAGAUUUACCACAAGGUGCGCAAAAUGUAAUGGCAAUGGAAUUUCUCCUCAUUCCUCCAAUUAUCAAUCCCUUGAUAUAUGGUUUGAAACUGACAAAAAUAAGAAACAGCAUUCAAAAUGUCAUGUGUAGUAAGAACUCCCGAGUUGGUUUGCAGAAAAAAAAAAAGUUUUUUAAAUGCUUGUCAUUUGGGAAAAAUACUCGAUAUGUACAUUCAACCUAAUGAGGCUUUACACAAACAGUGUGUAGUAAAGAAAGGGCGUUUAUUAGGGGAACAAAUGUCCACUAGCAGCUACACACAGCAUUCCAAAGCACUCUGAAGUAACUGUCAUCUCAAGCAGGGACUCAUUGCCCUUGUAAAACAGAGUUGUUUCGCUCAUAGCAGAUCUGUGUUUUUCGUUAAUACAAAGCUCUGUUCAACUUUGCUUGAUUUUUCAUUGAAAAGCUAGAGAAAUUAAUGUUAGAUUUGAAAAACUGCCCCUCCUUAGACUACGGAUAACGUGUUCUUCUGUGGGUCUCUACUGGGGGGGGCUAUGAAUGUGUAAUUAGUCGAAAUAGCAUCUUUCACCAUAAAUGCUCAAAUUAAUAAAAACAUAGAAAACAAUCUGCAUUAUAUUUACUAAGCUUACAAAAUGCCUCCCCAUCUUUAAAAUACGUAAAACCUUUUCCUAAUCCUCUGAAAGUUCUCAUGAAUCUAUAUUCUAUCAGUAGCUGCUGAGUCCCGUAGCUCUUUUAAAUCCAGAUUAGAGACUUUUCUGUUUGAUGCUGUCUUUAAUAGAUCAUUUCUGCGCAUUGUGAUUUUGGA